AUGAAGGACGAUUAUAACCCUCCGCCUCCCCCUUCCUUCAAACACAAGCUCAAGGAAUCUCUCUGCUUCUCCUGCUGCUUCGGCCGCCGAAACGAUAGCCACUUCUCCCUCCACCACUCCCCGCCGUCCCCGUCAGACGACAACCCCGAGGUGGUCUGGAUCAAAGCUAAAGGACCGCACGACCACUCGCUAUCGGAAAUCAAGGACAAGUGCCGCACGAUUCUAGGGCUUCCAGGGGCGAAGCAUAAGCGGCAGGCCUCCGUGGAGUUCCGCUACGAUCCGUUGAGUUACGCUAUGAAUUUCGAGGAUGGAUUUGAUUGCGACGAUGAGGCUCCGUUGCGGAAUUUCUCCGCCCGAUUGCCGCCGUCGCCCCCGGUGUCUUCCACCCUUAGUUGA